AUGGAUAUGAGUAAAGCCUUUGACAGAGUCGAAUGGGAUUUCCUGGUAGGAGUAAUGAAAAAAUUGGGUUUCAGUGAUUUCUGGAUUAAUAUGGUGAUGGCUUGUGUUUCUACUGUUUCAUUCUCAGUUUUAGUCAAUGGGAAACCUGGGCAACCUUUCCAACCAACCCGGGGCUUGAGGCAAGGUGAUCCCCUCUCCCCAUACCUCUUCCUCAUCAUCAGUGAGGCCCUUUCCAGAAAUAUUAUGAAGUGUAUUGAAUCUGGUGAAAUCAAAGGCAUUAGAAUUGCUCGUGGAAGGCCCUACUCUAUCACAUCUUUUCUUCACCGACGACUCGUUCUUCUUCUUAAGGGCAGAUCAACGAAACUGUUACGGUUCCGUGAAUUACUUCAUGACUACUGUUUAGCUUCGGGGCAGUCUAUAAAUUACGAUAAAUCUUGUAUGUAUUUUAGCCAGAAUACCCCUGCUACCACUAUGUCCAGCAUCAGCUCAUUACUGGGAAUUAAAGAAGUUUCAAAUCCUGGAACCCACCUUGGUCUCCCAACAAUAUGGGGCAGAUAA